GAUUGGCAGAGAGGGUGGAGGACACUGAGUGGAGUCCAGUAGAGGGAUUGGCAGAGAGGGGUGGAGGACAUUGAGUGGAGGCCAGUGGAGGGAUUGGCAGAGAGGGGUGGAAGACACUGAAUGGAGAACACUGAGUGGAGGCCAGUGGAGGGAUUGGCAGAGAGGGGUGGAAGACACUGAAUGGAGGCCAGUGGAGGGAUUGGCAGAGAAGGAUGGAGGACACUGAAUGGAGGUCAGUGGAGGGAAUGGCAGAGGAAAGAUGGAGGACACUGGAUGGAGGGCAGUGGAGGGAUUGGCAGAGAGGGGGAAGACACUGAAUGG